AUGGAAAUUUAUGAUGUAGUUGCCAGAUGGCCCGGAUCUGUGCACGAUUCAAGAAUCUUUCAGAAUAGUAGAGCUCUAGAGUUGAUAGAAAACAGAACCGUCCAAGGUAUAUGUGUAGCUGAUGGUGGUUAUGCACAGACACAGUUUAUCUAUACCCCACAUUCUAAUCCUAUUACAAAUGCACAAAAGAGAUACAAUUAUGCUCACAUUAGAACCAGGAAUGUGGUUGAACGUGUCAAUGGUUUAUUAAAAAGUCGAUUUCGUUGCCUCAAGCCGGGUUCACAUUACACCGUGUCGUGUGAACAAGGCUUUAGUCGUAAAUUAGGAACUGCGACUACAACAUCGAACCUAGAUUUUGAUCAAGAUGAAUCACAGUUUCAACCAGAGACAGUCGACGCUGAAGUAUUUGUUGAUGGUGGAAAUGGAUUCAAUAUAAGAAACUCUUUUAUAAAUAGACACUUUAACUAA